AUGGAUUGCGAUGAAUUUAGAAGCAGAGGAAAGGAGAUGAUAGAGUACAUUUGCAACUACCUGGAGAAUAUAGAAACCAGAAGAGUUACCCCUAACAUAGAGCCUGGGUACUUGCGGAAGAUACUCCCCGAGGAAGCUCCGGAAAGUCCAGAGGAUUGGGAGCACAUCAUGUCGGACGUUGAGUCCAAAAUCAUGCCAGGGGUGACCCAUUGGCAGCAUCCCAGGUUUCACGCGUAUUUUCCCAGUGGAAAUUCAUUUCCGUCAAUUUUAGGUGAUAUGCUGUCGGAUGCCAUUGGAUGCAUAGGAUUUUCAUGGGCUGCAUCGCCAGCUUGUACGGAAUUGGAAACCAUAGUUUUGGACUGGUUAGGGAAAGCCAUUGGUUUGCCAGAUCAGUUUUUGGCUUUCAAGGAAGGGAGUCGGGGUGGAGGUGUGAUACAGACCUCGGCCAGCGAGUGCGUGCUGGUUUCGAUGCUGGCCGCCAGGGCUCAAGCACUGAAAAGACUGAAACAACAGCACCCCUUCGUGGAGGAGGGGGUACUUUUGUCGAAAUUAAUGGCGUAUUGUUCCAAAGAGGCGCACUCCUGCGUGGAGAAGGCCGCUAUGAUAUGUUUUGUCAAGCUGAGAAUAUUGGAACCGGAUGAGAAGUCUUCCUUAAGAGGAAAGACCCUCAUGAUGGCUAUGGAAGAGGAUGAAACGAUGGGUCUCAUCCCAUUCUUCGUCUCCACCACUCUAGGUACAACUUCCUGCUGUUCCUUUGACAAUCUCCCCGAAAUCGGGCCCGUCUGCCAAAAAUUCCCCUGCAUCUGGCUACACGUCGACGGCGCCUACGCCGGUAACUCUUUCAUUUGUCCGGAACUGAAGUACUUACUCUCUGGAAUAGAGUAUGCUGAUUCCUUCAAUACCAAUCAAAACAAGUGGAUGCUGACCAACUUCGACUGCUCCACCAUGUGGGUGAGGGAUCGUCUCCGACUAACUUCAGCCCUGGUGGUUGAUCCCUUGUACCUCCAGCAUGGCUAUUCCGACGCCACCAUAGAUUACAGACAUUGGGGUGUGCCACUAAGUAGGAGGUUUAGGUCUUUGAAGCUAUGGUUCGUCCUGAGGAGUUACGGCAUAUCGGGGUUGAAAAAGUACAUAAGGCACCACAUCAGGCUUGCGCAGAGGUUCGAGGAGCACGUCAUUAAGGACAGGCGAUUCGAAAUUUGCAACGAGGUCAAGCUGGGGCUCGUCUGUUUUCGCCUAAGGGGCACAGACAAGUUGAACGAAAAGUUGCUGAGCAAUAUAAAUGGGUCCGGAAAGUUGCACAUGGUACCUGCUAGCGUAAAUGACAAGUACGUGAUCAGGUUCUGCGUGGUCGCCAGCAACGCUGAGGAAUCUGAUAUAGAUUACGCUUGGGACGUGAUAAAGGAAUUUUCUGAGGAGUUGUUGGAGAGCCAAGCUGCAGAAAAAGAACAUGAACUGCGCGAUGAGGUCUUCGAACUGCUGGAGAGAAAGAAGAAGGAAACCUUGGCACAGAAAAGAAGCUUUUUCGUGCGCAUGGUCAGCGAUCCCAAGAUAUACAACCCUUCUAUAGCCAAGUCCAUACCGUCCACCAGGAGGCACCUGACACAGGCCUCUGAAUCACCGGAGAACAUCACCGUUCAGCCACCCACGUCGGCUUCAUGGAUCAGCUGGCCUUUGGCUUUCUUGUUUCAAGGAAUUACGGAAGAUGGCGCAUCUAGCGAUGUUCCUAUUCGAUUUCGCCACCUGGACACUAAGGUGCGCCUAAAAACCGCGGGUAAGAAUAAUGGGGGAUCGCCAUCUCCGGAGGGUGAGAACAGCAGAUCCCCUAAACGUUCGCCUGUGCUGUCGAGGAAAAUGACUGGUUCGCCACAUUCCGACAAUAGAAAUAAGUAA